GCUCUUCAAACGUCAACAUUUUCAUUCAGCUGUCAGGUGAUUGUUCCGCGUAGUUGUGCACGUGUUCUCUUUGCCAAAUUGUAACCAUUUUCGUGGAUUGUGAUAUACGUAGCUCCAAUAAAUCCAAAUCUACCUGUUAGACUUUAGUUUAAGUUCUUAAAGUACAUCCAUAACGAUGUAAAAUUAAUUCAAGCGAUGUCCAAAGAAGGUUAUAGUCCGGAGAAGAAAGAAGGUGAUAACAAAGUGGUCUUGGAGAGAUUGCAAAACUACCUGAAAGACAAGAGGACUUCGGAAGCUUCAGAUCCCAGUCUUGGGUUCAAUAAGCCGAGUACCAGCUUCGAACAGCCACCGCAAAGUUUGCCGACACUCGAAGACAGCAGUAAUAUAUUGCGAGAAGUUUUAAACCACAAAAAGGCCGAACUGCUGAGGCAGCCGGAGAUAGUAGAAUACUUAAAAUCAAUCUCAUCGGAUCUCAAGAAGUAAAGAUGGCAGUUACUCCGAAAAGUGCGGCAUCAUUGAUGCAAAAAAGUUUGGAGAGGCAAGCGGCGCUAGCGCGAACUCGACUUCGUUUCACAAGGAAACAGAUAGAGCAGAUAUUAGUAAAUUUCGUUAGUAACCACAACUCUGGACCUUACGUGGAGCUGGUGAAAGUUUUGCGCGACUAUCCUUUGAACGAGGAUAACUUUAGGAUAGUGUUUGAUGACAGUCUGUCAUGUGUGGUGCUGCUAGGGCGGGAACUGACGCAGUUCGUGGACGUGGUGUGCGGCAUCGAGUGGCUCAGCCGGUCUGAGGAGCUGGUGGAGCUGUACCGCAUGUUUGUGCUGAACCUGGUGACCGCUCACACGUACCACUGCCCCCUCGUCAUGUUGAGACUUGUCUCACUGUUUAAAGGAGAAGGUGAAAACUGGGAUGACAGUCCACCAGAAGAACUUCUAAACAAGUGGUCACACAUCCAUGACAUCAUAGGACACAUAGUAGCUAUUAUGCCAAUGACCAGUGAUCUAUUAAUGGACAUAGUGAUUCAGCAGUUUCCUUAUUACAAAGCUGGCUGCUACGUGAACAGAGCAUACAUAUACAAUUUAAUAUGGAUGAGCAAGUACAUACCUUCCCUCCGAGAACAAAUAAUGAUGGCUGUUAUUAAUAAAAUGAUACUUAUAGACGUAAAUAUAGUUGAAACUGAAAAAGUUAAAGCACAAACAGAGACGAUGUUUGACAUGGAAACUGAUGAUCGGGAUGAGGUUUCCGAAACCCUGGAUUACUGCAUGUUGGAAGUACUCAAAUGGCUUGAAGACGAAAGAGAUCCAACUAUGAAUAUUCUAUGUAAUGUUUUCGAUAGAAUCAUUUUACCUACUUAUGGUAUAAGACACGUCCAGUUCCUUCUUCUAUACACAAUAUCAAUCAACCAGCAAUGUGCUGACCGAGUUCUGGACAGCUUAUGGCUGGUAGCCGCAGGCCUGCAAGGGCAGGGCCCCGGAGCCCUAACCACCAGACGUACUGCAGCUUCUCACUUAGCCGGCCUCCUAGCCCGAUGUGUCAGGGUCCCCAACACGAGAUUAAUCAAAUACUUGAAAAGUAUGGCGGAAUGGUGCCACUCUUAUAUCUCAGCGACGCAAGAGUCAACGGCUUCCUCUGAUAAUCUGAAGGCCCAUGGAGCUUUCCAUGCGAUUUGUCACGCUGUGUUCUAUCUUGUGGCUUUUAAGCAUCAUUUGCUGUUUAGUAGUAAAGAAAAUGUUAACUUUGUGGAGUCGCUUAACCUGCCCCGUUUAGUGACAUGCGCUUUAAACCCACUCCGGACGUGCCCCCCUCAAGUGACGCGGGCGUUCUCUUCAAUAACGCGGUCGCACCAAGUUGUGUACUGUCAAGGAAUCAUAGAGAAGAAUGCCAGACACACGCUGCAGUCGACUGCAGUGCAGCAAUACGACGAGUGGUUCCCGUAUGACCCUUAUAAUUUGCCUAGAUCCGGUAAAAUAAUAUGGCCGCUGUGCAUAGAAUACAAAGACUGGUUGAAAGAAGGUGACGACGAAACCCAGUAUUCGUCUAUGAAGCGAAAAUUAGAAGAAGAUGACGACUAUUUAGUGAUGGCCAGUCCCACGCAGAGAUUUGCAACCUCCUUGUCUCAUGGCAUCUCACCCGGUUUCAGAACUAGUGAAAAUAUAUUAAUAUAAAUUAAAAUAGCAUAUAAUUACUCCUCUACCAGUUUCUAGUCGGUAGUGACUAUGUUCUGAUAUUUUUAUCUCUAUGUAAUCUAAAAAUUGUUACAUAGUUUUAGUAUCCCAGUUGUUUAAAAAGCUAAUUUAUGCUUACGAUGUACCGCUUAUUAGAAUAAGUAAAUAAUGUAAAUAUACUUAGGUAAGGACUUUUUUGCGAAUUUAAUGCAAGCUUAGCAUGGAGAUGACAAAAGCAUUUUCCCACCUUGUCUAUGGAACAUUUAUUGACGCAAGAAACAAUAUGGUAGUUUAUUUUUAUGCUAAGUAUUACGUGAAUGAAUGCACAAAUCAUCCUAAUCCUAAGUAUUUAAAACCAGUUAACUAUAAUAUGUAACAACUGAAAUGCCCAUCCUAAAUACAUUUUUCCACUUUUCUAAAACAGUGUUUUGUUUUAAAAGAUUUAAUAUUUUUAAAUAGCCUCACUAUUAGAUACGUAUAAGAUUAUUAGAUUUAUAUUUUGGUAACUAGUACAAUUUGUCUGUUAUGUAUAUUCUUACAUAGUUUAAGCGACUGAUGUACAUUUUUUGCAAUGCAUUAAAUAUUAAAUAGGCUUAAUACAUGAAUAAAUAUUUAUUUAUUGUA